CCGCGCGCCUCGAUGAUGUCAGCAGCAUGCCACAGUGAUUGGCCGCUGCGCGCGCAGCCUAGCUCGGCACCGCAGUCGUCGCAGGCGGAGAUGAAUGCGGAGAGGAGCAGCGGCGGAGGCGGCGUGGGUCCGGGGGCGGCGGGCUCCCGGUGGCGCCUCGGGGCGCUCCUCCUCCUCGCCGUGUCCUCCCUGCCGGUGGCCACGGCGCUGGUGGAGGGUCUGUACUGCGGCACUGAGGUGUGCUAUGACGUGCUCGGCGUCACCCGGGAGGCCUCCAAAGCGGAGAUCGCCCGGGCUUACCGACAGCUGGCCCGCCGGUACCACCCGGACCGGUACAAGCCGGAGGAGUCCGGGCCGGAGGAGUCCCCUCAUAAAAAGUUCCUGCUCAUCGCGACGGCCUACGAGACGCUGAAGGAUGAGGACUCCAGGCGGGACUACGAUUAUAUGCUGGACCAUCCUGAGGAGUACUACCAGCACUACUAUGCCUACUACCGCAGACGCCUCACCCCCAAAGUGGACGUCAGGGUUGUGAUUCUGGUCACAAUCUGUGCCAUCUCCAUCUUCCAGUAUUACAGCUGGCACAGCAGCUACAAUGAGGCCAUCAACUACUUGAUGACGGUCCCCAAGUACCGCAUCCAGGCCACAGAGAUCGCUAAGCAACAGGGCCUCUUCAACCGCCCCAAAGAGAAAGGCAAGAACCGCCGCUCCAAAGAGGAGAUCCGGGAGCAGGAGGAGGAGGUGAUCCGCGACAUCAUCAAAAACAAAAUAGACAUCAAAGGAGGCUACCAGAAGCCCAACCUGACGGACAUCCUGCUGUGUCAGAUUGUCCUGUUCCCCUACUACCUGACCAGCUACGUGGUCUGGUACGUCUCCUGGGUGUACCGCUUCACCAUCUGCAGAGAGGAGUACGGAGAGCAGGAGAAGCUGUACAUCAUCAGGAGGAACAUGAAGAUGUCUCAGUCUCAGUUUGACAGUUUGGAGGAAAGCAGCAGACAGACGUUCCUGGAGAAACGGCUGUGGAUCAAGGAGAGGUUCCAGGCGUACAAAAGAGAUCAAGAAGAGGAGAUGAAGGUGAAGAUGGCCACCGAUCCGAGGAUGAAGAGAUACCGGCGCUGGAUGAAGAACGAGGGACCUGGCAGGCUGACGUUCAUGGAUGAUUGACGUUUGUCGGUCUGUCUGUGCUUCAGCGUGAACCUCGUGAUGAAGAUCCACGUUUAUAUAGAGAGAGAUAUUUUCAUAAGGACCAGACCUCAGAAUUUCUAAAUGCCGUUUUUUUUACUUUCCUUUUCCUUUCCAGUCUGUAACCUGAACCCUCUGUUUCCGCUGCCGAUAAAUGCCGGAGUUUUCAUGCCUCUGUUCUUCUUGAAUGUUCAGAGUCGGAGGCUGAAGUGUUUGGAUGAGGCGGCAGUGGAGACAGCAGGAGUGUCUAGUUCAUAUGGACCUGUGUUUGAGCAGCAGUGGAGACACAAAUCCAUGGGAACUUGUUUGAGUUUCUCAUUGCAAAGCGCCGCUGAAGAGGCGGAGUCUUCUCUGCAACACGAGGAGGAGUCACUCCUGAUGUGGUUUAAACUCAAAUCCAGCAGGUUUGUUCCUUCCUCCGUGUUCAUUUGAAGAUAAGCGUCCUGUUUCUGAAGGGAGCCUCGGUCAGAACGUCUCGUCUGAUAAAUGAAAGCCAAAGUCGCAGCUGACGUUCUCUGGAAGCUGCACAACCUCAGGACAAAGUUCAGGGAGGGGGCGCCGCUUUUUAAGAUCCUGGUUUUACUUCCUGGUAUUUAUUGUUUCCUUUUCCUGGUUUGGGUUAGCAGCCAUGCUGUCAUUAAAGAUGGUGCAGCCUUCUGCGUCGGCACAGUC